AUGUCCUCCUUCCAAUCCUCCCCUCAAGCAUACCAGGGCCCCUCCGCGCCGCGCCACCUCCCCGCGUACAACCCCGUUGCCGCUGUGACUGCACCCGCGGGGACUUUCCUCCCCGGGACCAAGGUCCAGGUGGGCAGUCACCGUGUUGUGGUUGAGAAAUACUUGUCCGAAGGUGGGUUUGCCCAUGUCUAUGUCGUACGGCUGCCCCAGCCGAUCAAUGGCACGCCGACUGCGGUCCUGAAGCGGGUCGCCGUACCUGAUAAGUCGGCGCUCGCCAGCAUGCGCACCGAGGUGGAAACGAUGAAGAAACUCAAAGGUCACCGGCAUAUUGUCAAAUACAUCGAUUCGCAUGCGUCGCAGCUGCACGGGGGCGGAUACGAAGUGUUCUUGCUGAUGGAGUUCUGCGGGGGCGGUGGUCUGAUUGACUUCAUGAACACCCGGCUUCAGAACCGUUUGACGGAGCCUGAGAUCAUCAAAAUCUUCUCGGAUGUCGCCGAGGGUGUGGCCUGCAUGCAUUAUCUCAAGCCGCCCUUGCUGCAUCGUGACCUGAAAGUGGAGAAUGUCUUGAUCUCGCGUUCCGGAGGCACAUCUAUUUACAAGCUGUGUGAUUUUGGUUCUACAGCUCCGCCUCGUCCAGCUGCUACUUCUGCUGCAGAAGGCCGACUGAUUGAAGAUGACGUACAGCGACACACGACUCUACAGUACCGCAGUCCGGAGAUGAUCGACGUGUAUCGCAAGCAGCCGAUUGACGAGAAGAGUGACAUAUGGGCACUCGGUGUGCUACUGUACAAAUUAUGUUACUACACGACUCCAUUUGAAGAAGUUGGACAGAUGGCGAUUCUCAACGCUAGCUUCAAAUUCCCAUCAUAUCCCAAGUUUUCGGACCAGCUGAAGAAGCUGAUUGCAUCAAUGCUCAAAGAGAACCCCCUGAAGCGCCCGAAUAUAUACGAGGUGGUCCAGGAAAUGUGUAAAAUGCAGGGCAAAGAAGUCCCUAUCCGAGACAUUUACUCUAACCGAUCUGUCUCUGAAGCGCGGAAAUUCCAAGAGCUGCCGCCUACGCCCACGGAAGCUCCCAAGGCUGGAGCAACUUUCUCGCCCCCCAUGCAAGAGACCGCAAUCAUCCCCGAGAUUGCACCAAUGCGACGAGGACGUCCUGGAAAAAUCCAGCCAUCCACGCAUAGCUCUGCUAAAUCGAGUCCUUCUCCGUACCGGGGCGACACGAAGAGCUCGGCCAGUGAUCCGUUUGCAACUCUGGACGGAAAAUCUCGCAAGAAGACUGCGGAAGAGCUAUCACAGCGGUUCCCGUCGCUGGACCAGUUCGAUAUCUUGCAUGAGAAAGGCGACAAAUUUGAGUUCGAGCCAGCCCAGGAGCCCAAAUCGGACGACGAGCAUCUGUCGCAAAGACUUACCAAUGCCCUGGCAGAUGAUGCUUUCCGACAGGCUUCGCCUGAGCGACGGGGUGCCCGGCAAUCUCAAACCUCACCUGUGCGUCCACAAACUCCUCGAGAGACCAUCAUCAAGCCAACGGUGCCGCUGUACCAACCUACCCCUAAGCGGCCUGCCAUGAUCUCCACAGGGACCAUGACCUCGCCUGGUCAAACUCCGCGCUUGCAAGAACCGAAGGUAUCUAGUCGUCCGAUCUACCGAUUCCCGCCAUCAGAUGAGCAGCGACCUUCGAGCCAACAAUGGGCCGAGGAGGAGAGGAACAAGGACACGUCGCCUCCAUCGUCUAGACUAAGACCGGAGGCCAGUCCGCGCUUGUCAUCCGAUAGGUUCUCAACCCAGUCAAACUCUGCACGCCCCUCCAUGGAAACACUACGACGCCCGUCUGGGUUGGAGAGCGAGCCCAUGGGACGAUCCAAGUCCGCCAUCGCAAAGGCCCGCCCUGUCUCCGUCCAGGCUGGACCCCGGCACAAUUUGUCGCACAACGAGCACUCACGAUCUUCGCUGGACUUGUCUGUCCAAUAUGAGGAUGGUGCACCGCUGCGAACAGUGCGCACGGAGGUAGAGCGCGAAGAUGAGCAGAGCAAGAUCUCGGAACUUGAUUAUCUUCGCGCCAAGGAAGAGGAGGAGAGCAACCGCAAGCGUGAGAAACGCUCUAGCAGUGGCGCUAAGCACUCUAAGCGCGGCAGUCUGUCCUCGCUCUCAUUUUCAGGAAGCAAAAACCUCCUUGCGGGCCGAUUUGGCGAGGCGUUCCGCCGCUUCGAGAGCAGCAACCCGGAUAAGCCUUCGACUCCCUCAGCUGAAGACCAACCACAGCUACAAAAGGCCCUCGUCAGUGACUCCGAGGCCUAUGAGGAAGCCAACGAGAGUCCUACACAAUUCGAAUAUGCCGACAUGGACGUUGUCGAUCGCGAUGAUAUCCCGCCCGAAAUGCGCCGUGAGCUAGAGCGCCGCCGACUCUCCCAGGAGGAGAAGCGAGUUGCCACUGCCGCGGCCGAGUACCGGCGCAGGGUCGCCGACAACGAAGGUGGAAGAGCAGGCCCAGAUCGGUCCCGAGCCAUCCAGAACAGGAUGCAAACAUUGCUCGGCGAGUCAAACAAGCCACCGCCUCCUCCCAAGACCGCCUCCGGCUACGGAAAAUACACUGACACAUCUGCUUUGCCGGCAAAGCAAAACGAUGUGGAAUCUCCCACGCCGGGGAAAGUGCCCAUCUCCCGCACCCCAGGCCCCAUCUACGGCACCCGCGAAGGGCAUCCGAUCCUACCAGACCGCCACGAAGGAGCCAGUGCUCCCGCGACACUCCCGCAAUCCGCCGCCUCCAACUCCACGGGGUAUUCGAUUACCUCUCGCCCAGCUAGCCGCCCCGCAGCCCCUCCAAAGCCCAAGAACCUGCGGGUAGGCACUGGAGACACCUCCCGACCCGGCACUGGCCACGAACCCAGCUCAUCAUCCCAAGCGACGCCCAGUGGGGAGGACUGGGAGGCUAACUUCAGCCGUCGAUUCCCGAGUCUCUCAGGGUUGGAGAUGGAGACGGAGAUUGAGGUUCCCAAGUACGCCAAGUUGCGGACUCGGGAAGUGUAG